UGCGGUCGUUGUUUCUGUUCUUUGCUUGCUUGCUUGCUUGUCGUCACGCCACUAUAUAUCUGCGCACGCAAACAAGACGCCAGGAAAGGAAAGCAUCAAAUGGGUACAACCUACCUUAUAUGCAGCAGCAGACGGCUGCGAGCGCUCGAUCUACUUAUUUAUCCAUCCAUCCACCCACACAUCAUCCAUCUAUCUCCUCAUACCUUCCUACCAGUAGUACCCUACCAAACCCAGUCCAGUCCAACCCAGUCGCACAAUCCCAAUCCCAAUACGUACACACAGCAAACAAACAAACAAACAAACAACGCACUCGCGCAAUCCUCAAUCAACUCAUCAACCAUUAACCAACCAACCCACGACCGAAAUCACAACACUACACAUCACCCUAACACCUCCCUUCAUCAUUCAUUCUUCUUCUUCCUCCUCCCUCUCCCUCGCCACAGUGAGCAGCGGCCGCGCAGCCGCAGUCGACACCCACACCGCCACGCACACCGCUACGCACGCGCACGCACGCGCGGCUGCCCCCGGCACGGCUCGGCGGCUCGGCGGUUGCCGGCUCCGCUGGGAGGGCGACCCGGACCGUCACGUCACGUGCUGCGCGGGCGGGCUGCAUGAUCGGCGGGUCGGAGGCACGGAGGCACGGAGGCGGGGCCACGGGGUGGGGGGUUGUUGUGUGUGAGAGAGUGUGUUCUUAGAUAGGUAUCGUUUCCAUCAUGUAUGUAUGUGUUUUGCCAUUUGUCUUUAAGAUGACGCUUGACGCUCGAUACAACCAACUACCUACCUACAAAAGAAAGGAAAAGAUAAGAUAAGAGCGGCUGUCACGUCACGUCAUCAGACCAUAGAUCACAGUCCACAUGGGGUUUUCUGGUUUGUAUAAGGUACGUUUUGUUUCAUUAACAGAAGUCGUCGUUGCGUUGGGUUGCGUUGGGUUGUGUUGGGUUGUGUUGCUGUGCUAAACUAGGAGUACACA